GAGUUUAUGCAGGACCUGAAAGGCCUCUGGGAGAAGAAUACCGAUGAGGAGACCAAGCGGAAGGCCGCGCUGCUCUUGGGCAGGGCUCACACUUUGCUGAAGGGCGCCCAGGACCAAGUUCAAGAGAUGCCAAGCUUGGACCAACUGGUGCAGCCGGCACUGCCGCAGGCGAAGGAGAUGCUCAAGGAGGCGAUCAGUGGCAGAGGGAACCUGAUGAACGCCAUGCAGGGUCAGCAGGCCGCAAAUCUCGCCAAGAAGGCAGUCUUCGCCAUCGACGCCCUGAGGAAGAGCGGCAUGGACCAGGAGGCUGCCGAGAUUGCAAAGAAGGCCGAGCAGCGACUCGGCAUGAGCCUGAACGACCUUGACAUUCAGGCUUGGACGGUGGCUGAGUUGACAGAGUCCCGGCACUACGCACCGCAGAGGCCGGUGAAACCUUUGGGCUUCUGGUCAGCUUCUGAGCCAAGUCGAGUCGACACGCAUGGCCCACGGAAGAGCUGCCUUCGAGGCCACAACCUCACGCUUCUGGCGCAGGAGCUGCGAUUUUUGGGCGGCAACGCCUUCGCCCAGGAGUACGGCGCAAUACCCACGAAGGAACUGCUGAUGCAGCGCAUGCCCAGCUGGGUCUUCGUCACGACAAUUCGUGACCCUUGGUCACGCUUCUGGAGCCAACUGCGCCACGAGAUGGCGGGCUGCCUUGCGCAUGUCAAGGCUCUCGCUGUCUGCAUGGCUGGCAACCAUCACAUGUUGGGAUGGUGGUGGUCACCUUCCGCCCACAUCGAUUCUGUCCUGGGUGUGCCUGGCUUCCGCAUCUCGGAAUCCCCGCACAUCUACGGUGAUAACUACUACACCCGCGUGCUGCUGAACCGCACCGACCUGUCACAGCCACCGCUCACUCUCAAGGACUACGAGGUGGCCAAGUCGAUCCUGUUCGAGCGCAUGUCGGCGGUAAUUGUGGUGGAGGACUUUGCACGCUCAGCCUUGCAGCUCGCAUGCAGCCUUGGAUUGGACUUGGACAUGGCCCGGCCUUUGCUCCGCACCCGCGUGCGGCCAUAUGAGCACAAUGAGGUCAUGUUGGAGAUCCCAACAGAGUCCGAGCUGGGCCCUGCGGAUGUGACGGCCUUGCGAAAUCGAUUUGUGGCCAAGAACAGGCUGGAUUACGGCCUCUACAACGAGGCAAAGAGGAUUUCCGAACUUCGUUUGGCACGGUGCGCCCGCCAGCACCCGGCUAUUGCUGAGCUUCGCGCGGCACCCGUGGUCCAAGAAGAUAAGAAGGCGGUGGUUGCAGAGCCCAUCUCCAUCGAUGAGAUGUUUGGCUGCAUCAACGGCAGCCUGCAGGAGAGCCCUUCAGGCUACCUGCUCUAUUGCCCGAGGACGGUCGAACAGUCUAGGAGAUCCUGGUGGUCCCCAGAGGGGCUUCCACGGAGAAGGCCGGGUCAAAAGCUCCCUGGCCAGCAUUGCUGGCAAGAAGGCUUUGAUUUUGGCAUUUGCUGCGGUGAACAAUGGGGCCCGGAGGGCAACAAAGAAUGCACUAGCCACAGCUUGAUGCUUAGCUUGGCUCUUGCCUUGUUUGCAACCUCAAGGUUGGGACGACAUCCACAACUACACUACCUGUUGCAUUGAACCCGGCUGAUUCGAUGAACUCAAAAACAACGAAUGACAUGGGAAAUAAUCCUAUAUAUAUAUAUAUAAAUUUCAAAAUAAAU